AUGGUCCGAUUGCCCAUACCACAGCGACUCAACUCGCGCCUGUCUACAAGAAGCGCGUCAUCAACACCAGGACAGAGCAGAAGUGUCAGUCCCAUUAGAUCCAUGGAUCCUAAUUUUAAGCCUCUACUGCUUAAGGUCACUGUGAUUCGGGGAAGAAAUCUUGCUGCAAAGGAUAGGAGUGGCACCAGUGAUCCGUACUUGGUGGUCACAUUGGGGGACUCGAGACAGUCGACGCCGACAAUAUCCAAAACCUUAAACCCGGAAUGGAAGGUGUCGUUCGAAAUGCCCGUCGGGGGUGUACCUCUGUUGGAAUGUAUUUGUUGGGACCAUGAUCGGUUUGGCAAGGACUAUAUGGGUGAGUUCGACAUUCCACUGGAAGAUAUCUUCGAGGAUGGCAAGGUGGAGCAAGAACCACAAUGGUAUACCCUGAAAUCGAAACGUGCCUCAAAUCGGACCAAGAAGAAGAAAGACAACAAUGUCUCGGGCGAGAUUUUACUGCAAUUCUCGCUCUCAGACUCUUCAAACCCUACCGCUUCGCCAGCAGACACCUACCUCAAAUUCAAAAACUUGGUAUGCGCGAGCGAGGAGGAUGAGGAACAAAUCAGAAAUAUGGACAUGGAUGAUCUCGUCGAUGAAGAGACAUCGGACGAGACUGAUGACCUGUCGAAGCCCGAGAUUGUUGAAAAACGUCGUCGCCGGCUUCGUCUAGCUCGUCUGCGACGCAAAUCCCUAGCAGCUCGAGCGUAUCAGUUUUCCGGUGGCACGAGUGUGCAGGGUAUUGUGUUCAUGGAGGUUGUGAAAGUGAUUGACCUUCCUCCUGAGCGAAAUGUGACACGUACAUCAUUUGAUAUGGACCCUUUCGUUGUAACUUCCCUCGGAAGGAAAACACUCAGAACACCAGUUAUCCGUCACAACUUGAACCCAGUAUUUAACGAGAAGAUGGUGUUCCAGGUGAUGCGGCACGAGCAGUUCUACUCGAUCGGUUUCACAGUAAUGGACCGCGACAAGUUCUCGGGUAAUGACUUUGUCGCAUCCGCCAACUUUCCUCUACAGACUCUCAUUCAAUCUGCCCCAAAGACAGAUCCAGAGACGGGUUUGUACCAGUUCAUAGAGACUGACGAACCGGGCCCCGGUGCCAAGUACAGUCCUCGCAUUGCUCUCAGCCCCUCGCUGUCGACAUCAAGUCUCCCCAAGUUGGCCCGUCCAGCACUAGAUUCACGAAAUAACUCUGCUGCUUCUAUCACCACUCGAUCAACACUGGAUCCGCGAAACGCUUCUAUCCCCCCUCGGCCAACGUUAGACUCGCAGAAUUCUGCCGCUUCUCUCUCCAGUCACCCCACCAACCCUCCGCCUACCUCUGCGCCAGAAGAAGCUGGCCUAGGACUGGAUAGUGGUUCUACUCUAACAAUUCCAGCCAUAUCCGCUGUGUCGUACGAUGAUGAUGAGCAGCUCCCACCCGCGGACGAUGAAGGAUUGCGAGAAUAUCCAAUUCCUCUCACAAUGAAGAAUCGGGAGCGUUGGGAAGACAAGCACUCACCCGUACUCUAUGUCAGAGCCAAAUACCUACCUUACCGUGCCCUUCGCCAGCAGUUCUGGAGAUUGAUGCUGAAGCAAUAUGACGCGGACGAAAGCGGCCGGAUUGAUAAGGUGGAAAUGACCACUAUGCUCGAUACGCUUGGCUCCACUCUGAAGGAGUCAACGAUCGACUCUUUCUUCAAGCGAUUCAGUGCUGAAAAUCAACCCAGCGAGACUGCUGACCUGACCUUUGACCAGGCUUUGAUAUGCCUGGAAGAUCUUCUACUCGCACUACACAAGAAGAACGAUGCUCGUCCCAAGAGAUCGGCAUUCGAACCGUCGUCUGUUGGAAGCCAAGAAAGCCAGGAAAGCCAAGAAAGUGAGGAACAAUCAGGCAGCGAUGACCUCGCUUUAGACCCCCGCACCAUUCAGCAGUCUUAUGCUGACCCGAACAUGAUAGCGACCUCGACUAUAUCUAGUGGUGACUCGAACUCCGACGAACUGCGGCCCGACGACCUCAGAGAUGGAGGGGGUGAGGAACAUGUUGUGGAAAUCCGCGAAUGUCCUCUCUGCCACCAGCCUCGGCUUUCAAAGCGGUCAGAUGCCGAUAUCAUCACUCAUAUUGCAACCUGUGCUAGCCGUGACUGGCGACAGGUCGACAAUCUGGUGAUGGGUGGCUUUGUGACCUCGAGCCAGGCGCAGCGUAAAUGGUACUCUAAGGUGAUCACCAAGAUCUCAUAUGGUGGCUACAAACUUGGAGCAAACUCUGCAAACAUCCUCGUCCAAGAUCGGAUCACAGGCCAGAUCAAUGAAGAGCGUAUGAGCGUCUAUGUUCGACUCGGAAUUCGCUUACUCUAUAAGGGUCUCAAGAGUCGGGAUAUGGAGAAGAAGAGAAUUCGUCGUGUAUUGCGCUCUCUCAGUAUUAAACAAGGCCGAAAGUAUGAUGACCCUGCGUCGGCCACUCAGAUUCGAGAUUUCAUCAAUUUCCAUCAGCUGAAUAUGGACGAGGUUUUGCUUCCCAUUGAGCAAUUCCGUACAUUCAACGAAUUCUUCUACCGUGCUCUUAAACCCAGCGCCCGGCCUUGUGCAGCUCCAGAAGAGCCUAGAAUUGUUGUAUCCCCGGCCGACUGCCGCUCCGUGGUCUUUGAUAAACUCGAAGAUGCGACCAGCAUCUGGGUGAAGGGCCGAGAAUUCUCGAUCGCGAGGUUACUGGGCAACGCCUACCCAGAUGACGUUUCGCGGUAUAAGAACGGUGCCGUCGGAGUCUUCCGCCUGGCACCGCAGGAUUACCACCGUUUCCACAUUCCCGUUGAUGGUAUCAUGGGAGAGCCUAAGACCAUAGAGGGCGAGUACUACACCGUGAAUCCGAUGGCUAUUCGCUCAGCCUUGGAUGUUUACGGUGAGAACGUGCGCGUUCUCGUUCCGAUUGACUCCGUUGCGCAUGGCCGCGUCAUGGUCAUCUGCGUGGGAGCCAUGAUGGUCGGCAGUACAGUCAUCACCCGCAAAGCAGGCGAAAAGGUCAGCCGAGCAGAGGAACUAGGCUACUUCAAGUUCGGUGGCAGCACUCUCCUUGUACUAUUUGAGGAGGGUGUUUGCAAGUUCGACAAGGAUCUCGUGGACAACUCCAAGGGCCCAUUAGAAACUUUGAUCCGAGUAGGCAUGUCCGUGGGCCACCACCCUGACAUCCCUGAAUUCGAACCAGACAUGUCCAAAGAAGCAGACCAAAUCACAGCGGAAGACAUACAAGAUGCCAACCGACGUAUCGCAGGUAGCACAGGCGGACCCACAACACAUGAUCCAACGUUACUUUCUCCAUGA